CUGGACACAAACUCAUUCCUAAAAUAUGCAGAUGGAAGCUAUGGUAACCAUGGAGACAGGGCAGGUGGCAAGGAGAAGCAGAGACAGUGAAAGAAACCCAUAACGACAGAUAGGAAGAGAGAAGACAUAAGGAAUGAUUCGGACAGGGACAUUCGUGCAAGAUAGAAAAAUGAAUCUCAGCAAGGACAGAGAAUAAAGAGAUGAAAUGAGAAAGGAUGUGAUACGAGUGUGCCAUAUGCCAUGUGUGGCAGUCAGGUCUGGCGCACAGGAGGCAUAAACACACCAAGUGUGGAGAAUGGAGAUCUGCUGAAGCUCAGCGAAGAAUCCGGCUGGUCCCUGAAUGGGUCGUGGAGGAGUCCCCUAUGGAACGUUUACGAUUGUUGGGACUGAGGGGAGGUCAGUUAAGAAAGGGAAGUCAGGAUUGCAGCCUCUAGGUUUUUUGGGGUUUAUGUGUGCAUGGUUUGGUACCGGACGCCCCCACUCGCACAGACUGGGCUAUAAAUAGCAAAGCAAAGCUCCGCCUCCCCCCCGCCUCCCCACCCCCUUGCGCUUCUUUCCUCUGGAGCCGGCGCUGUGCCCGGGACGCACCGGGAGGAGGGACUAGGAUUCAGUGCAGGGGCGCAGAUACCAAGGGAAUCCGGGUGCGCCCCCCCCACGCCAGGCCAUGUGGGCCCCCAAGGCACUCGGCUUCUCCACCCCGGCUGCCCCAUGGCCCGGGCCUCAAUCCUGGCCAGAGAGUCUGCGGAUAUUCAGGGAUAGUCCUUAUCACUGAGACCUCAGAUCUCUGCCAGCCAUCACCCCCAGACCCCUAGCAAUCCUCGGCAGUUCCCAGCUCCGGCUCUAUCGGUGCUCUCGCCCUAGCCGCAGCUAUGCUGCACACUGAGGGCCACGCUCUUCUUCGGGCCGUGGGUCAGGGUAAGCUACGCUUGGCCCGUUUGCUUCUGGAGGGAGGAGCCUACGUGAAUGAGGGUGAUGCCCAGGGGGAGACUGCACUAAUGGCGGCCUGUCGGGCCCGUUACGACGACCCCCAGAACAAGGCGCGCAUGGUACGCUACCUCUUGGAGCAAGGUGCGGACCCCAACAUCGCAGACCGCUUAGGGCGCACGGCGCUCAUGCACGCUUGCGCCGGGGGCGGAGGAGCCGCAGUGGCCUCGUUGCUCCUUGCCCACGGCGCAGACCCCUCAGUCCGAGAUCACGCGGGUGCCUCGGCGCUUGUCCACGCCCUGGACCGCGGGGACCGCGAGACCCUUGCCACGCUGCUGGACGCCUGCAAGGCUAAGGGCACGGAGGUCAUCAUCAUAACCACCGAUACCUCGCCCUCGGGCACCAAGAAGACCCGGCAGUAUCUUAAUUCUCCACCAUCCCCGGGGGUAGAAGACCCUGCACCAGCUCCUCCUAGCCCAGGGGUCUGCACGUCACCUUCGGAAAUCCAACUACAGACUGCAGGAGGAGGACGGGGCGUGUUAUCCCCUCGCGCCCAGGAAGAAGAGGAGAAGCGGGACGUAUUUGAAUUCCCUCUUCCUAAGCCUCCAGAUGACCCCUCCCCUUCUGAGCCGCUCCCCAAACCGCCCCGACAUCCCCCAAAACCACUCAAAAGGCUCAACUCCGAGCCCUGGGGUCUAGUGGCUCCUCCCCAACCGGUCCUUCCUGCCGAAGGGAGGCCGGGGAUCGAGCGCUUGACAACUGAAUUCAACGGUCUGACCCUCACGGGUCGACCGCGUCUUUCCCGGCGUCACAGCACUGAAGGCCCGGAGGACCCACCCCCAUGGGCGGAGAAAGUGACGGGCGGGGGUCCUCUCUCGCGCCGAAACACCGCACCCGAGGCUCAAGAGUUCGGUGCCCCUUCGGGGUUAAGGCAAAAACUGAGCCGCAUGGAGCCGGUGGAGCUCGACACCCCCGGACAUCUUUGCUCCGAGUCGCCCGAGUCCAGCCGCUUGUCCCUGGAGCGCCGCCGAUACAGCGCCUCCCCGCUGACCCUCCCUCCAGCCGGCUCGGCUCCGUCGCCGCGCCAGUCGCAGGAAAGUCUGCCAGGGGCUGUAUCUCCGCUGAGCGGACGGAGGCGGAGUCCUGGGCUGCUGGAGAGGAGGGGCUCGGGGACGUUGCUCCUGGAUCACAUCUCGCAAACGCGGCCGGGUUUCCUGCCCCCGCUCAACGUCAGUCCCCACCCUCCCAUCCCUGACAUUCGCCCCCAACCCGGAGGUCGGGCGCCGUCACUGCCUGCCCCUCCUCACGCCGGGGCGCCAGGCUCUCCCAGGACCAAGCGUAAAUUGGUGAGACGCCACUCCAUGCAGACUGAGCAGAUCCGUCUGCUAGGGGGCUUCCAGAGUCUAGGCGGGCCGGGGGAACCAGGUCGCUGAGAGAAGAGAGAGGAGCUAAGGAGGGCGAGGAUGAGGACCUUGAUGGGACAGGUGGGAGAACCACGGACAUAAGGAUCUCUUGCAUGUGCUCAUGGCACUGUGCAUGCACACAGGAGUAAACUGUGUCUACAAGCGCAGUAGAUUUAUUAGCAAGGAAGGAUAAAUACUCUAUUUACUGGGUAAAUGGACACAUGCAUUCAUAUCCUGGUUACUGCACAUGUAUGUGGGAUUGUGUACCCACAGGCACAGCACACCAAUAAGCACACAGGACCACUUGUGCUAGAGUCCCAGAGUCACUUGCAGUUGUUCAGAAGCAGUAGGGAACCCCUCCUAUACCUUUGCCCUCCUACAGAAGCAAUUCCUUACUUUCCAUGUAUGCUCUGCAACCCAGUUUAUCAUGAUUUUGCACACUUUACUCUCUCUUCAUGAAAAUCUCAUCCCAUUCUGCAGGUCUUGCUUCUCUCUUCAGGCCUGACUUCCAGUUCACACACUACUUCCGCCACACACACACACACACCCCAACCACUUUUCAGGAUGUCUUCUUCACUCUCCUUGGGGUUCUUGAAGCAACUCCCAGCCUCAGUUCUGCUGCUGCCCUUCCGAAUGCUCUCAACUUCACCCCUCAACUUCCUGAUUUUUAUUCCCACCAAGUUCCCCCAAACACUACAAUAGGUUGUCUUGUUUUUCCAGGGGAUGGAUCAUGGGCUCUAAGCUGCUCUUUUGUCUGUCUGAGCUUAUGAACACCCCCACAGGUAGAAGUGGGGAGUAAUCCUAAAUCACUCCUCUCUCCACUUGACAUGUCAAAUAAAUGUGUUCACAAAUC